CUACUUAAAAUACCUAAAACAUACUCAUAUUCAACACAAAAAGCUGCUGGGGAGUCGAAAGGAAACCAAGAACAAGUAUUAUUAGUAAUUAAUAUAUUGGAACAUCCAAAAAAAAAACCAUUCUCAAUCACAACAAGGCCUCACGAUAUUUAAAUAUAUAUACACACACAUAUAUAUAUAUAUAUAUAUACAUAUAGCUCUGGGCAGGUUUAAGGACAACGCUAGAAAAGUAAGAACAAAAUUCUAGGAUACCACAAAACGAACUACGAAUCUUUAUUGUAAAUGAAAACAACUUUGCAACUUGAAGGCUGAUAACAUUUUGAUAAUCCAAACAAUACAAAAAAACCAAGAAACCUAGUGGAUAUAUAUAUUUGCAACAAGUGUAAAGAAGAAGAGACUGAUUUUUACAAGCAGAGCAGAGGAGCAGCAGGAGAAAUAAUACUUAGAGGCAGAACAGCAGAGGCAAAGGCGAAGGUGAUUCAGGAUCAAAUCCAACAAGCGCAACUUUCCAAACGAACAUUUAAAUACACACACACACACUCAAACAGAUACAUAUAAAUUGAGUUAUAUAUAGAUAUUAUAUAUUUGUACGAUUUAUUUGCAACAUGCUUAAGAAACUCAAGUGCAUGGAGGCGGCUGCCGCUGCCGCCGCGGCUGCAGCAGCUGCAAGCGGGCCCAGCGCAAAGAUCAUCAAGACGGAGCCCAUCGAUUUUGAGAUGCUGCAUCUGGAGGAGCAGGAGCGACACCAGACAGAGCCCAGCAGCAGCAGCAGCGGGAGUGGCAGCAGCAGCGGGAGUGUGGCCGGCGGAGGGGCAGCAGGUGCCACAGCGCCGCAGCGCUACACACACGUCCAGGUGCAGACGGUGCCGCCGCGCCAGCCCACUGGCCUGACCACGCCCGGCGGCACACAGAAGGUGAUACUGACGCCACGUGUCGAGUAUGUGCAGCAGCAGCAGCAGCAGCAGGGGCGUGUCGCCGCCGCCGCCGCCAGCUCCAGCAGCCUGGCCGGCAUCAAGCACAUCUACACGCAGAGCGUGGGCAGCCCCACGGAAAACGCAGCCGCGCCGCAGAUUAUAAUAACGCGCACGCUGCCCGCGACGCAGUCGCAUCAUGGGCAUCUCUCCCGCCGCCAUUCCGCCAGCCCCUCCGCCAGCCACUAUCAGCAGCAGCCACGUCUGAGCGCCAGCCACGCCCACUCGCCGCCGCCACUGCAUCAUCAGCAGCAGCAGCAGGAGCAGCAGCAGCAGCAGGAGCAGAGAUCGGCUGGCCAGCAGCAUGUGCGCGUCAUACGCGAUGGCCGCCUGUAUGAGGAGUCCAUGUCCGGCAGCGGCUGCUCCACCGGUGCGCGUCGUCUUUCCGUUUCGCCGCCGCCCUUGCAUCAUCAUUCGCGUUCCGCGCCCGUCUCGCCCGUAAUACCCAGGCGCGCCUAUGUGGAGCAGUCGGCACAUGUGCAAUAUCAGCAGCAGCAGCAGCAGUCGCAGUCGCAGCAGCGUCAGACUUCGCCGCCGCCAAACCAACAACAACAACAACAGCAGCAGCAACAAUUUAUUAGUGGAGCGCCGCCCACAGCUGCUGCUCGCAAGUUUGUGGUCAGCACGAGCACGCGUCAUGUCAACGUCAUCGCGGCCAACCACUUUCAGCAGCAACAACAGCAACAACAACAACAGCAGCAACAUCAGCAGCAACAUGUCAUUACCAAUGUCAGCUCCAGCAGCGCCGCCUCCGCCUCAGCCUCCUCCACCUGCCCAGCAACAUCCGCGUCGUCAACAUCCUCGCACAUCUUUCGCACGCCCAUUGUCUCCAGCAGCAGCAGCAGCAGCAGCAGCAAUGGUUGUCAGCAACAGUUGCCGACACACCAUCAUCACAGCAACAACAACAACAACAAUAGUAACAACAAUUUGAGCGGCAAUUCGGCAAUGCGACCGCCACCGCCGCCGCCGCCGCCCAAGGUAAAGCAUGCCUCCAGCCUGGGCAACGGCAACAACAACAACAACAACGUCAACAACAACAACAACAGCAGCAGCAGCAGCAGCAAUGGCGAAGAACCGUCCAGCUCGAUUCCUGAUCUGGAAUUCGACGGCACCACCGUGCUCUGUCGCGUGUGCGGCGAUAAGGCCUCCGGUUUCCAUUACGGCGUGCAUUCCUGCGAGGGCUGCAAGGGCUUCUUCCGUCGCUCCAUACAGCAAAAGAUCCAAUAUCGCCCAUGCACCAAGAAUCAACAGUGCAGCAUUUUGCGUAUCAAUCGCAAUCGCUGUCAAUAUUGUCGCCUGAAAAAGUGCAUUGCCGUUGGCAUGAGCCGUGAUGCUGUGCGCUUUGGUCGCGUGCCCAAGCGAGAGAAGGCGCGCAUUUUGGCCGCCAUGCAGCAGAGCACACAGAAUCGCGGCCAACAGCGCGCCCUCGCCACCGAAUUGGACGAUCAGCCACGCCUACUGGCCGCCGUGCUGCGCGCCCAUCUCGAGACAUGCGAGUUCACCAAGGAGAAGGUCUCGGCGAUGCGACAGCGCGCCAGAGACUGCCCAUCGUACUCAAUGCCAACCUUGCUGGCCUGUCCGCUCAAUCCCGCGCCCGAACUGCAGUCAGAGCAGGAGUUCUCACAGCGCUUCGCGCAUGUCAUACGCGGCGUCAUCGACUUUGCGGGCAUGAUACCCGGCUUCCAGUUGCUCACCCAGGACGACAAGUUCACGCUGCUGAAGGCGGGCCUCUUCGACGCGCUCUUCGUGCGGCUCAUUUGCAUGUUCGACUCGUCGAUCAACUCGAUCAUCUGCCUGAACGGGCAGGUGAUGCGCCGCGACGCCAUCCAGAACGGGGCGAAUGCCCGCUUCCUGGUGGACUCGACGUUCAACUUUGCGGAGCGCAUGAACUCGAUGAAUCUGACAGACGCCGAGAUCGGACUCUUCUGCGCCAUCGUGCUGAUCACGCCGGAUCGUCCCGGUCUGCGUAAUUUGGAGCUCAUCGAGAAGAUGUACAGCCGCCUGAAGGGCUGCCUGCAGUGCAUUGUCUCCCAGAAUCGACCCGACCAGCCCGACUUUCUCGCCAAGCUGCUCGACACAAUGCCCGAUCUGCGCACCCUCAGCACCCUGCACACCGAGAAGCUCGUCGUGUUCCGCACCGAGCACAAGGAGCUGCUGCGCCAGCAGAUGUGGAGCAUGGAGGACGGCGAUGCGGCCAGCAAGAGCCCAGCCGCCAGCUGGGACGCCAUGGACGUGGAGGCGGCCAAGAGCCCCCUGGGCUCCGUCUCCAGCACAGAGUCGGCCGACCUGGACUAUGGCACACCCAGCAGCACCCAGCUACAGCAGCAGCAGCAACAGCAGCAGCCGCAGCAGCAGCAACAGGCCGCCACACCGCCCCAGUCGCAUCAUAGUGCGCCCUCGGCGCUGGCCAGCUCCGCGCCGCUGCUCGCCGCAACGCUCUCCGGCGGCUGUCCGCUGCGCAAUCGCGCCAAUUCCGGCUCGAGCGGGGACUCCGGUGCUGCCGACCUGGACAUUGUCGGUUCGCAUGCGCAUCUCACCCAGAACGGACUGACAAUCACGCCCAUUGUGCGCCACCAGCAACAGCCCCAGCCGCAGCAGCAGCAGCAGCAGCAGCAGGUGAAUCACCAUCAGCAGCAUCCGCAGCUGCACCAUCACCUGACCUCGGGCGCCACACGGUACCGCAAGCUGGACUCGCCCACAGACUCGGGCAUUGAGUCGGGCAACGAGAAGAACGAGUGCAAGGCGGUCAGCUCCGGCGGCAGCAGCUCCUGCUCCAGUCCGCGCUCCAGCGUCGACGAUGCGCUCGACUGCAGCGAUGCCGCCCAAGCGGCCACAGCGGCGGGCGUUGCCCAGCUGAGCGUCUCGGUGUCGCCCGUGCGCUCGCCCCAGCCCUCGAGCAGCGCCAACCUGAAGCGCCAGAUUGUCGAGGACAUGCCGGUGCUGAAGCGCGUGCUCCAGGCGCCGCCGCUCUACGAUACCAAUUCGCUGAUGGACGAGGCCUACAAGCCGCACAAAAAGUUCCGGGCGCUGCGUCAUCGUGAGUUCGAGUCCGCCGAGGCGGAUGCCAGCAGCUCGACCAGCAUGCCGGCGCACAGUCCGCGCCAGAGCCCCACGCCCCACUCCGCCCACAUCAGUGUGGUGCAAACGCCCCCACCAGCCGGAGCAGCAGCAGCAGCAGCAGCGGCAGCGGCCAGCAGUCAACUGCACAUGCAUCUGACACGCAGCAGUCCCAGCCAGCAGCAGCAGCAGCAACAACAACAGCAGCAGCAGCUGGGCUCCAUGGCGAGCACGCACUCGGUCCUGGCCAAAUCCCUGAUGGCCGAGCCGCGCAUGACGCCCGAGCAGAUGAAGCGCUCGGACAUCAUUCAGAACUACUUGAUGCGCGAGCCGGCGACAGCGGCCAGCAGCACAACGGGCGGCGGACGCAGUCCGAGCAGCCAUUGCCCCUCGCCCUCGACCAGCUCCCCGCCGCCGCCGCCCCAGCAACAGCAGCAGCAGCUGCAGCUGCAGCAGCAGCAGGCGCGUUGGGCCACCACCAGCUGCCAGCAGCGACAGCAGUCCGUCUCGCCGCACAGCAACGGCAGCAGUUCCAGCUCCAGCUCCAGCUCCUCAUCCAGCUCCACCUCCAGCAAUAGCAGCAGCAGCGGCAGCGGCAGCAGCAGUUGUCAGUAUUUCCAGUCGCCGCACUCGACCAGCAGCAGCAACAGCAGCAACUCCGUCUCCGCCUCCGCCACCUCGAGCGCGGCCACGUCCACGUGCAUUGUGACGGCGCCGCCUCGGGCCUCGCCCAUGAUCGAGCUGCAGGUGGACAUCGCUGAUCCUGCCCAGCCGCUGAAUCUGUCCAAGAAGUCGCCGACGCCGCCGCCGAGUAAGUUGCAUGCGCUUGUCGCUGCUGCCAAUGCUGUGCAGCGUUAUCCAACACUGUCCGCCGAUGUGACGGUCACCGCCGCCAGCAGUCCGGCUGUCUCCGCUGCCACGCCCAGCGGCACACCGCCCACCACCAGCAGCAGCAGCAGCAGCGGCAGCAGCACGCCCAGCGGUGUGCCGGCCGUGCACAAAGUCAUGUUGGAGGCGUAAACUCCGGAGCUGAGCUGAGACUGAAGCGCGGGGCGUGGUCGAACUUUCCUUAACACUGCAGCAGCCACGCCCCUGCCCCCCCCACCCGCAGAAGGGGCAGAGAGACCACACAAAAGAAAACGUAAUUUGAUGCGGCGCAAAAAAGAAACAACAAAUCCCACAAAAAGAAAGCCAGCAAAAAAUACAAAAAAUAUAUAAAAAAACAAACAAAUUUAAUUAAAUUAUUUUAACUUUAAAGAAAUUCACAAACAACAAGAAAAAACAAAAACAAUGAGCAAGUGUACAAAGUUUCAAAAUGCAUGCAAUUUAAAUGUUUAAACUAAAAGUUAUUAACUAAAAAAAAAAAAAAAAGAAAAAACAAAAACAAAAACAAAACAAAACAAAUUUGGACGCAGCUGCGUCGAGGUAUUAAAAUGUGGGCAAAGGCAACAAUGCAUAAAAACCAUAUAUUUUUAGCAGUAACAAAUGCAACAACAACAAUAGGAAAAAGAAGAAGAAGAACAACAACAACAACAACAGACACACACACAAAUGAAAAUCAUGUUAUUUUCCCAGAGGUUUCCCUUUGCAGUCGCCAAAAUGCUUUUCAAAUUGAUUUGUCACACGUUUUCCAUUUUCUAUUUUCUAAGCAAGUCUUUGCUUUUCUUUGCUUUUCUUUUCGUUUCUUUUCAAUUUUCCGAUGCUUCUUUUAAUUGUUUUUUUAGUUUUAAGCACUUGUUGUACAUACUAUUGAAAUAAUAUUUACAUUUUAAUUAUAAUUAUUAUUAUUAUUACUAUUAUUAUUAUUAUUAUUACUAUUAUUACUAUUAUUAUUAUAUUAUUAUUAUUAUUACUACUAUUAUGUAGGCAAGCAAAGCGUUCAACUACUUGCUUUUUAAAAAUGUUUUUUGAAAAAACUGCAUAUUUAAAUCAAUUUUUUUGUCUAAUUCUUUGAAUGCCCCAAAAGAAUAUAAAAAAAAAUGGUGUGAACUUUUUUUUUUUUUGCGAUCUCCGUUAACAAAAGCUGUUUUUUGACAUGAGAACAUGCGAGAGAAAUUCAACUAAAUUUAAGUUAAAAAUUCAGUUUUUUUGAAUUACAAAUGUUUAAGAUCAUAAGCGUUUAACUUUAUUGUUUUCUAAUUUUAAAGACGAAAAACAAAACAAACAAAAAAACUGAAGAAAAACCCAACAAAAAAUACAUAUACUUAUACAUAUAUGAAAAAUGAAAUCAAACACAAAAAAAAAAAAAACAAAAAUAAAUAAAAGAAAUGCUUGAAGAGUUUUAGCAGCAAAAAACCCAACGUUAAACAUAUUUGUUGUGUACAUAGUUAAAUGUUAAAUUAACGUAUUUAAAAUAUAAAAAAAAUAUGCUUAAACAAUUCAAUGUUUAAUUGGCGUCAAAAUACAAAAAACAACAACAAAACUUAGCAGCUGAUAAAAACUCUGCAAAAAAUACAAAAAACACAAAAAAAAAAUUGAAUGAAAAAAAGAAGAAUAUUGAUAUAAAUAUUAUUUAAAAGUAAUAUAUACACUUGCGGUAGCAAAAAACUAUUACAUUAAUUAUACAUAUUAUAAUUAUGCAGUACUAUUAUGAUUAUUCUAAUUCUUAUGAUUAAUUAAUUACUAUUUCUUGUGGUAAGCAACAAAAAACCAACAAAAAAAAAACAAAGAAAAAAAACAAAAAC